AUGAUGUUAAAUAUAAAGAGAUGUAUUAUGCAACUAUGAUGAUGCAAGCUUUGUGGAAGAAGGCUGUUAUAUUCUUGGUUAUUAUUAUUGCCAUACUACAGGUGAUACACAUGACUCUUUUAAGCCGCUUGGAAGCUCGGAAAAAUCAGCGACACCAACGAGAAGUCACUGCUCGAGGAUGGGAAUCAAAGCAUCAAGAUUAUCGAGAAACCGAAAUUGAAAGAGACAGAUCCAGUAUGAUGCAAGCCAUCCGCCAAAGCAGUGUGCUAGAUUCUUCUGGAGAGUUCCACAUCAUAAACUACCUUAUAACUUCAGAACUAAUUAAAAGUCAUAGUCAUGUUAAACCAGAUCUGACAUUAGCUACCCAAACUACUAUCAAUGGAUUACAUAAUUUAAAUUUACUAGCCUCUUCAUGGCAAGGAUCUAUUUCUAUUGCUGUAUUUAGUUUAACUGAAGAUGUUCCUUUGGCUGUUGAAACUAUUCUUCAUCUCAGAAGGUGUUACCAAGCUAUACAUUAUAACACAAGUUUCCAUCUAGUUUAUCCAUUAAAUGGACCUACUAAUAAUGCAUUGCCAUCAUCAUUUCCUAAUGUCAAUUCUUGUGAUUUUUUAGUCAAUAAUUUGCAGAAGCUUAGCUUUGGCAAAAAUUAUGCAUUAGGUGUUGCAUAUCCUAACAAUUUACUGAGAAAUGUUGCCAGGCGUAGUGUUCUUACUGAAUUCGUAUUUAUGAUCGAUAUUGACAUGGUGCCAAGUGAAAACAUACACAAGGAUUUCCUACAGUUUGCUAGAGAAAAGAAGCUGUUUUCAGAUUCAAAUAAAGAUGAUAAAACUGUUUAUGUAGUACCUGCUUUUGAAGUCAAAGAAGAUGCAACAGUGCCAAGGCAUAAAGCAGCUCUACUUCAACAGGUUGAAGCUAUGGUGGCCAGACCAUUUUACUUUGAGCUUUGUUGGAAGUGCCAAAAGCACACCGAUUAUGAAGCGUGGCAAAGGGAGCUUCCGUCGAAAAGACUCGACGUUCUCUUUGAAGUACUAUGGAGAGAUCCAUGGGAACCUUUCUAUAUUGGAAGGAAUAAUGUACCUCUUUAUGAUGAAAGGUUUCGCCAAUAUGGAUUUAAUCGGAUUAGUCAAGUUUGUGAAUUGCACGUUGCUGGCUAUAAAUUUUCUGUUUUGAACAAUGCUUUUGUUGUUCAUCGUGGCCUAAAGACAGCCAAUUCCUUUCAUAAAGAUAAGGAAGUUGAUCAGGAAAGGAAUCGUGUAUUGUUUCGUCAAUUUAAAGCAGAACUAAAGGAGAAAUAUCCGGAUUCGUCAAGAAAAUGUUAUUAAAUGCUACUUAAUGUAUUUACUGUAUUUAAAUCUGUCAUACAUUAUGUUUUCGUGUCUAUCAUACAGUACAAAAUGUUAUAUUGUGCGACAAUAGAAUGAGAUUUAUACAUAACAUAUUAUUUUAUUCAUUUAAAAUUUCAUUUUGCAGCUUUUCUUCCACAAAAUAUUUUGGAUUUUAUAGCUAUUAUAUUACCCAUACAAAUAAAGGGUGUUUAAUAUACAUGGUACGAUUCAAAAGUAAUGAGCCUCAUGUUAUACUGACGCACGCACACGGUGCAAUUUGCCCCGCUUGACAGCGACACGGGUGGAGGUUGUUGACUUUACAGCGCAACGUAGGUCAGUUGCCUCCCAGCUUUUGGAGCGGCACUAUCGGCCUUAACAGUAACCCCUAUACAGUGAUGCGUGACAUGUGCAAUAUGGAAAGUUCAUCAGAGCAAUGCAAAGUGAUCAAAUUUUGCUUUCGGUUUCCUUCCCUAAUGUUCUCAAUGCUUUAACAGGCGUUAGGGACUGAGUGUCUGUCCUAUUCGUAAGUAGAAAAGUCACGUGAGGCCUUUGGUAAAGCCGGGAAGUGGUGACUGACGAACCCCAGUCUAUACGCCCGUCCUUGGCCCGUACGGACGUAAAUGUUCAAUGAGUGUGUGAAUUUUUGAACACAGACUGGUGUUUGAGUCUACUACGUAGCAAAAGCCCUGGACUUAUUGGAAACAAUGGUGCAGCACAUUGUUACAGGGAAGUUGCACAUGCAGAAAGUCUGCGGGAAAUUUGUGCCGAGAGUUCUGACUGGAGAAGGUCGGAGUCAGUGUUCCCGUGGUGCCCUAGCCCUCCUAAAGUCCGCGCUUGUGGCCUCCAGACUUCUUGUUUCCACUAUUAAAAUCAGCACUGAAAAGGAAAUGUUUCGACUCUAUCGAGGGCAUCCAAGCACAUGUCAAGGCAGCCCUUGCAGAUAUCUAUUGAAAAGCCGCCUACAGAAGUACAUUGUUGCAGGAGGUGCUUAUUUUUAAGACUAUUUGGCAGUUAUACCGAUCAGCUCAAUAAAUCUGUCUUUUUGAAUAAAGGGGGGUAAAAAAGAUUCAUUUUCUUAUUUAUUUCUCAAGGGCAAUACAAUGGAGGAAUUUAUCUACAGAUAUGUGAUUUAAAUUAAACUAUCUAUUGCAUCAGUGAUUGUAAUUUAAACUUAAUUUUAGCAUCCUAUUGAAUUGUUGUAUUUAAAAAGCAAGAAAAUAAUCGGGUUACACAAAAAAAUUAUUUUGUAAAACUGAGAAUCAUAGCUGGGAUAGUGAAUUAGUUUUUAAGCAUAGUGUGAACUUUGUUUUCAACGAAUGUGUUUGCAUAGAAAUUUUCAAUUUUUCCAUUUAAAUGAGCUGAAUUUUGCAUUUUAAAAUGGUCAAAUACAAGGAAUCUUCAAACAAGGAAUGUGUUGUGUACCUACAAAAUAUUGAGGUCCUGUUUUGGAAAGACAGUCAAAGAGCCGCAUAAAAACAAGUAGUUUUGUUCCCAUUAAACUGAUUUCUGCUACAAUCUGUUCUUCCCUGUACAGGAAAAAGCAGGAAAUAGGGAUUAUUAGAGGUGCAUAUGAGCCAGCUUUUAGUCAAUAGAAAUACACCUUAAAUUUAAAUUAAUGGAAAUGGCUCUUAGCUUGCUCUGCAUUUACUGUUUAGAUCGAUUACAAGUUUUGAAAAUUUCAGUCGAGCCAAAUUACUUUGUACUGAAUAUUAACUAGUCUAUGUUAUAUGAGAUUAUUUUUCAUUGAUAUUAUUAUAUUUGUUUACUAUACUCAGAUCCCCUAACUUCUCCCCUUCCUUGUUCCCUCCUAAAAUAACC